AAGCCUCCUCACCUCCCUUGCAACUUCUUCCUCGUCUUCCUUUUUCCUUCCUCUUGUUAGCUAGAUUCUCAGAUUCACUCUUAUUGUGCUUCAUAUAUAGGAUCAAUUCUGAUGCCUCACCUCUACGUCUAGGAUUUUCUUUAAUUUUGAGCUUUUCCUCCUCUUUUUUUUUUUUGUUAAGAGCUCAGCUGUGAGGUCAGUGUUGUAUGAUGGAUCCAACAAGGUACUGGAUGCUGAAUAGUCUAAGUGAUCAGAAGGAGCCUCUCUUUACCACCGCAAUCGCCGUCGGCAGAGGAAGUAGCAGCUCAGCAUCCUACUACGAGUCAUGGGAGGAACGUGCCUUUGCCGAGGACUCGGCUGGGCCUCUCGGAGGUUGCAUCUGGCCGCCGAGGUCCUACACUUGCAGCUUUUGCGGCCGUGAGUUCCGGUCAGCCCAGGCACUCGGUGGGCACAUGAACGUGCACAGGAGGGACAGGGCAAGGCUCAAGCUCGCUGGGGUGGCUGAAGAUGGUGGAACCGAUAACCAAAUCGUGUCAGACCAUCAAAGCUAUUUGAUCCAGCCAUGCCCUCCUCAAAUUGCCGCUUUGCAGCAGGCCUAUGGUGUAAAACCUAGCGCUCCUAGCACUGAGACUAACCCUAAUCUCAUAUGCAGUGUUCUUCCGCGUCCUUCUAGAUCUUAUGUUCCAGUUGCAGCCAAAAGAACUGUUUGGGGAAAACAAGUCUUGAGUAGUCCACUUACCUCCCUUCAAGCUUACAGCAAUGGUUAUGGUAAGAAACAGGUGAUUCUAGAUGCUCCUCGAUUAUCCCAAGAUCAUCCUAAACCAGCAGAAAGGAUGUGUUCUAACACGGAAUUGCAUGGCGAGAGAUGUGAACUAAAGCUUAGUGUUCUUGGUUGCCGUACAAGAAAGGAUUUCGAUGCUAGUGAUGAUGAUGAGAUUUUUCAAGUUACUUGCAAGAGAAGAAAAAUUGAUUUGGUGGCAUCUCCUUUGGUUCUGUGUUCAUCGCCCGGAAAAUUUCAAGAAGAUGACAACUAUGAUGGUGAUGACAAGCCAAGUUGUGCAAAGGUACUAAAACUUUGUCCUAGCUCCCCGGAUGAAGAAUUAGAUCUUGAGCUUAGGCUCGGAGAAGUGCCAAAAACAAAGUAGAGAUUCUGUUCAUUUCAACACUUCUAUCUGAAUAAUCAUGAAAAUGAUUUGUAUUUAUUCACCUUUCCUUCAUAUAAGUGUUCGUUUGAGCGAUUAAU